AUGAAUACUUCGCCAGAGAUCUGCCAGUCCCAGCCAGUCAAGAAGGGCAAGGAAGGUCGUAUUAUUGCUAAUAUAUUGAAAGAUUUUGAUUUCAAGAAUUGCAAAGCAUGGAUAUCACUUAGUUCUCAGUUCUCAUCUGGUAUCAGACAUCCAGAAUUACUUUCUAUCGCAUAUGUUCUCAUCCGUGCAUUAGAAUUGCCAGAUAUUACUCGUUCUGAAAAGAGAUCGUUCCCGUGUUUAGUCAAAUGGUUCAAUGAUAAUUGGGAUAAGAUUUCUGGCCCAAUUCAGUGCAUCACAUUGCUUGAUGAUAGAGAAAUUCCAAUCAGUUGCCAGCGUGAGUAUUUAGAACUCUACAAAUGA